AGCAAGGUAGACGGGCCACGGAAGCGGGUGGCGGAGCUGGGGGCCGCGAGCCGGGCAGGAUGGACAAGCUCAAGCGGGUUCUGAACGGGCAGGACGCGGAGGAGCAGGGCGGCCUAGGCGAGAUAGUUGAUACAACUUCAUUAAGCUGGGGCACGAGAGUGAAAGGCUUCAUCGCUUGUUUUGCCCUAGGAGUUCUGUGCUCUGUCCUGGGUACUUGCCUGCUAUGGGUGCCAAGGAGAGGACUAGUUCUCUUUGCAGUAUUUUACACUCUGGGGAAUAUUGCAUCCCUUGGAAGCACUUUUUUCCUUAUGGGACCUAUGAGACAAUUGAAAAGAAUGUUUGAGCCUACUCGUUUGAUAGCUACUAUUGUUAUGCUAUUGUGUCUCAUACUAACAUUGUGUUCUGCUUUCUGGUGGCACAACAAGGGGCUUGCUCUCAUCUUCUGCAUUUUGCAAUUUUUUGCCUUGGCAUGGUACAGCAUUUCUUUCAUACCGUUUGCAAGGGAUGCUAUGAAGAAAUGCUUUACUGUUUGUCUGUCAUAACAGUCCUGUUGGGUGGAGACUGUGGAACAUUCCUCUAACAACCACCUUGCUGCCAUCUUCUAUAUGCACACCAGCUCUCCAGGGGUCCUGGCCACAAGCUAUUACUGAACUAUUCCACUUCCACCAUGAAAGCAAUUCUGGCUUCAGCUCUAUGCUACUAAGGUCCUGAAGCUGCUGUACCCCCACCUGAGGUCUAGAUCCUAGGGGCUGGAGGGGUGCAGAAGUGCGACUACUGACUUUUCCAACCACCGUAGCCUCCCACUUUGAGCCAGAAUCUAUACACAACUGUAACCUCUGACUGUCUUGUGGUCUCUAGUUACUGGGAAGUGUGUUGCUGAGCAGGCAGCCUCUCAGGGUUGAAGCAGACUCCCUUAGGCACUGAGAGAGGCAGCAGCAGACACUCAUGAAAUAUCCGUCAGGGGGUGGCAAGUGUAAUCUUGUAGGCUCUGUUCAGUUAGGGUCCCCCUCCCAAGUCAUCUGUGAGUGGAGAGCUUGGGGAAAACUCGGGACAAUUGCCCCAUUCACAUUGUCUCCUGCUGCUGUUCUUGAAGCUGCUGCUUGACUAGUCAUUUUGUAACUCUGUUCGAAUGCCACGUUCCCCCCCGCCCCCCUUUGGAGAUGAUGAAAUCCCACUUUUCGCAUGAUGUGCAGACAGGUGGACACCAGUCAUUGUCCAGCAAUUGAGUUUUUUCUGGGGAGAUGAUUCUAAUUUGCUUUCAGGCUGCAACAAAGCCUAACUCUGUUUACACACAUACAAAGCCUUGUCCAUCUCUCACAAACGCAUCACAUUUGGUUUGGGCAGUUUUGCCUCCUUUGACUUCUUUGUUAUUUCAGCUGCUUCUGAGCUCUGAUUUCCAGGGAGUGCCUUUUUUUUAAUAUGGCUCCCUGGUUUAUUAUGCCUCCUUAAGGCUGCGUGAUAUAGUGGUUAAAGCAGAAAGCUGGGAGUUUUGGUUUUUUUUUCCCUGGCUAGGGCAAGUCACUUAACCUGUGUGCCUCAGUGUAACUGGGAAUUGAGCUACCUCCCAGUCUGUAUCCUGCCAAAGGAUCCUAUCCAGGUUUUUUGUAAGAGUCUUUGCAAUGUUUACAAAAUGCCUCUGUAAGAGGCAAUUAGAAAAUCUAUCCCUUAAUGCCUUGCUCAAGCCCAAGUUUAUUUUAGCACUAGCAUCUCUGUGGGAAUUCUCAGAAAACUCUAUGUAAGUAGCAUAUGCUUCUUUUCCCCAAAAAAGUGCUGUUAACCAAGUCCAUCAUUGUAGGAGCAUAAACAAUUAAAUCCUACCAUGCUGGAUUGUUUGUUCCUGUACUUCAGAUCACUCAUUCCUUGACCUUCACUGCCUUCGUAAAGGGCUAGCACUUGCACUAGAAUGUUGCACCAGAGCACACAGCUUUCUAACCCAAUCAGGAGCACCAGAAUCAAACCUCAGUUUUAUACACUGGAUAGAACUUUUGUGUCUGCAUAUUAGCUACUUAGAACCUUCCUGCUAACUUUUUGGCAGAAUGGUUAAUUUUAUAAAUAGGGAAUUUACGGUUUGGAGCUGUACAGUAAUUUAUUGCCAGCACACAGAUUGUCUGGGUGUCUUAAAUUUCAGAUCCACAAGCUAAUUACAGCUCUUGAGUCAAUAAGUUUAGUAAACUGUAUUUCAUGUAGGGUUGUUGAAUGUCCUUAAUGGAGGGAGGUACGAGAGGCGGACUCAGAACUUUGAAAGAAAGGGGAGGGCAGAGGGAAUGGAGACAUAAUAACCACUUGAGUGACAAUAGUGUUCAUAUUAUCCUCCGGCAUUGCAAAAAUUUUCCAUGAAUGAAUCAUACUCUUGUGGUUGGGGGCUAACUGGGUAGGAAAGACUCCACCCAGACUGUCUCCAAUAUGAGAAACACUCAGGUUUGUGGGUUUACUUCCAAAUGGCUUUGCCUAAUAAAACCACUUCAUUCUACUGAAACAAAGGCUUGUGACUUCUACUUGCUCCUUAACACCUCUGUUCAGAUUGCUGCUAUGUUUGAUUGCAACUGAACACUUGCCUUGUUACUGAAAUAUGUUGCAUUCCCAUAUUUGUGCCUGUAAUUAACCUGUCCUCUUUGUAUGCCUGCAUGUUACGGUAGUCACUGUAUUCUACCUGCCUUGCAUACACACCUCAUCCACUAUGGUAUCAAACAAUAUAAUAGUGUAGUUAAUGUGGAAAUAAUGAAACUGGACAGUAGAAUACAUUCCAUGUGAACUCAUUUGCACUGAAAAGGCAGUUAUUUUUGUUGUUAAACAAGCUUCCUUGUGUUUUCUGUUCUGAUGGGUGGUUAUUUAUCGAUGGGUGGGUAGGUAGGUGUCUUAAAGCCACCAGAUUCCUGUAUACAAUUCCUCACAUUCAAAAUCUUUCUGCUGAGUGUGUAGUACAUCAAGAACACAUAGAAAAUAGUCUUUCAUUAAUUUUAAAAAUAAAUCAUGUGUUGGAUCUCGAAGCUUCUUCCCCUUGCCAAGCUCCUUCCUAAUUUUACAGAGCACACAACCACAAGGGCUGAGAUUUUUCAAAGAAGCUUAAGGGGCACAUGGGUACCAAACUCAGUGGGAUUUGAGGAUCUAGCUCCCUUCGGCAGGCUUGAAAGUCUCAGACCAGCUUGUCUUUCAUUUGCUGAAGCUGCAGUACAUGUUAAUGCAAUGCUACUUUAACCAAAAAAGGCCUUAAAAUGCAAUUCUAGCCUGGAAAAUAACUUUUUAAAAAAAGAAACAAACAAUGCCUGACUUGUCAGAUUUGGUAGGAAUAGAAAUUAGAAAAACCUUUUCACCUGUAAAGAAAGCACAUUGGUUCUGGAGUGUCUGGGGCACACUAUAUAUGAAAGCCUAUAUGCAAUUUUUAAUCCCUCUUCUGAGUGGAACCUGACUUUAAUGACACAUAAUGAAGUGCACUUUGAAUACUGACACUGCCUGAGGCUUUUUUAGUGAUAACAGCAUUUUAGAAAAAGAAACAAAAUAUCCAAUCUUGUUAAUAAUUUUAUUACUAUUGAAUAUUAAAGACAAGUUGGAUGGGCAAUCUUGAAACCCAAGGAAGUGUGUUUUGUACUCUGCACCAGGUCUUAGAUACAGAAAAUAUCUUGUGAAAAUUACUUUUCAAAUUUCACAUGAUGUUGGUAUGGAUAUUCCUGGAGAAUACAGCAAAGCUGCCAGAAUUCUGUGCUGCAUCUUGGGGCAGGUUUCAUUCAGGGAAUUGAAGCUCUGUGCCAGAUUUGUGUAAAUUGGGAGCAGGUUGCGUCUUUUAUCUUUAAUGCAGAUGUAUGACCCGCUGUUCCCAGCAUGCAGUUUACUAUGGUCCACAUUUUUCUAUUAAAAAUGGUGGCCAUAAACUGCACUGUAGAACUCUGGGGGGAAACUCAUUUGGCCAGCCUUCAUGUACCAAGAGAUGACACUUUCUUGUAUGAUUGCAAUCUGUCAUUUUAACCAGUUUAAUUUCUAAAAAUAGUUUGCAGUCAGUUCAGUUGCCUUAUUUUCAUCGUGUUAAUACCUCCUUUUCAAGAUCAACACCAUUGGUAUCUGUAAUAUUCUUGUUAUAGGUUCUAAAAACUAUUCAGUAAAAAAAACAUGUUUUUGUCCUAAAUGCAAAUGCGUACAUGUUAAGACCAUAGUAAAUCUUCCCUUCAAAUUGUGAAGGGAAGCACAGCCGUUAAAUAUGGGGCUAUUCCAUUUUUAAAAUCUCGUGCCGAGCUUUGAAAUGUAAUGUGAUUUUUUAAAAAUAGCUUUAUCAACUGAAGGAGUUUUGUAAAACAAACAAACAUUUUGUGAAAUUCUCCACUACAAUAACUGUUUUGUAUUAUAAGCUGCUUUUGGACCUUUUAUAUAUAUCCUGGUUGCUUUGUCUGACUUCGUAAUUGUUCAGUAAACGUUUUUUAACUUAUUGCAAAAAAAUUUCUGUAAUGAAGCUAGAUCCUAAGACGUGUGAACAUCAUUGUUUUUCAAUAAAGUUGACACUGCAGUAAAUGA